AUGGGAAUUAUUAACUACGUUGCAAUCUCAUCUGAAACAGGCGAUCAUGUUGAGAAACUUUAUCGGAAUUGUGUGUAUUUAAAUCUGAAAAUCGAGGAGGAUGAAUUUGAAGAUUGUAAGAAACCCAAUGUUCUGGUUUUAGAUUGCGCAUUUCGAUACUCCAUCUCGGUAUGGAAUCCCACGACACCAAAGAUAAAGAUAACGAAGACGAUGAUGACUUCUUCGACACUCUCGAUGAGUUCCCACCGGAGGAUUCUUCCGUCACCGAUCAACCUCAACUUUCCACUUCACUUUCUUCCAUUUCCGACUCUUCUCCGGUACCUGAAACCUCGUCCGAGAAUGAAUUCUCAUCUGUCGAUUCAUUACGCUAUCGCCCCUCUGCUCGCCGUAGGAUCGCAGGCGAGACUCCGAGCUCAGAUUCCUCUAUCAGUUCCCUAACAAGUACAAUCGACGAUUCGGUGAUGAUGAGCCCCGAAUGGAAAACCCCAGAAAUUCACCCGAAUUUUAUUGACGAUGUAAAGAAACUCGAGGGAUCCGAGGCUUUAUCGGUUCAAGUAAGCUCGUGGGGAGGUUCGAGUAGCGUGAAGGAUGAGAAGAGUGAGGUAUCGACGGUGACUACUGUGGAGACUAACUCGGGCCGCGAACUGGGCGUUUCGGAGGCGGAAUCCGGCCAUUCUUCUUCAAACCUACUUAUGUUAAUGGUAGGAUUGCUAAUCAAGGCAAUUGGGGUUCAACUUAGCUUCUUCGUCUACAGUUUCUGCUUUCCCUUGUGGUUUUUAUAUCAUUCUUACACGUUUGUUUUCCAUCCUUUUCAAACAAUUAAGCUUGGGAGAGCAUAUGUGACAGGAAAGUUAUUUGGGUUUUGUGAACUUGUUACUGCUGUGGUCAGUCCUUUGAUAUCUGAACGGUUGAAGGAACCCAAGUCUCUUUGGAAGGCUGGACUCCGCUGUGUGUGGGGCUUUCUGUGGUCGGCUUAUGUUUGUAUCAUUUUGUGUGGUCUCUUGAUUUCGGCGCUUAUAUUUGGUGGGUUUUUAAUGAGGUUCUUAGUUCAGGAGCCUGUUAAGAUCAAAGAAGUAUUAAAUUUUGACUACACCAAACACAGUCCUGAGGCUUAUAUGCCGAUCUUACCUGAUUCAGAUGUUCUUUAUGGUCGGAAUUGUAAAGAAAAUGUCGCAAGUGGGAAGACCCAGUCGCGUGUUAUUCCUCAUCAUCAUCAUUUGCAGGCCAUUGUCUCACUAACAUUGCCAGAGUCUGAAUAUAACAGAAAUCUUGGGGUCUUCCAGGUAAGAGUAGACUUUCUUUCUGUAAGUGGUGACGUUCUUGCAAGCUCAAGCCAUCCAUGCAUGUUGCAGUUUAAAAGCGAGCCCAUUCGCCUUUUACUGACUAUCCUGAAGCUUGCACCCCUUGUUACGGGCUAUAUAUCGGAGUCCCAGACUCUGAAUCUUAAGCUUAAAGGUCUUGCCGAAGGAAAUAUACCGACAGCUUGUCUGCGGGUUACAAUUGAACAGCGAGCAGAGUUCAGUCCUGGUGCUGGUAUACCCGAAAUAUAUGAUGCAUCCUUAAUCCUUGAAUCCGAACUCCCCCUGUUUAAAAGGAUUAUAUGGUAUUGGAGGAAGACUCUCUAUGUCUGGAUUAGCAUGACAUCGUUUAUGAUGCAGUUGCUUUUUAUGCUGGUCUGUUGUCGACCGAUAAUCCUUCCUAGAAUGAGGAUGAGGAGAAGGGAUGGAUCUGCUGAUGUAAGCUCCACGAGGAACGACAUCUAGGCAUGAGCAUGAGGUUAGAUAAGAACAGCCCCCCCUGGAUAUCUAGUCGAAGUGUUCAAUCAAUAAGAAUUUUGUUGCUGAUGUAUAAAACCCAACAAUUCCAAUAUCAUUGGUUGCUCCAAUACCGAAUGCUACAUAUUUAGUAUGACCAAUUCUUUUAUU